AAGUACCGUUUCCAAACCGUUAAUCGAUAAGUCUCGCGAUACUACGCGUUGUGCGCGUGCGCAGCCCCGCGGACGUCGGAGUACUCGGAGGAUCAUGGCGGAGCGCAGGAGGCACAAGAAGCGGACCCAGGAGGUGAGCGAACCCACCAAAGAGGAGAAGGCGGUGGCCAAGUACCUCCGAUUCAACUGCCCGACCAAGUCCACCAACAUGGUGGGCCACCGAGUCGACUACUUCAUUGCCUCCAAGGCGGUGGACUGUUUGCUGGACUCCAAGUGGGCCAAGGCUAAGAAGGGAGAGGAGGCGGUGUUCACCACCAGGGAGUCUGUUGUGGAUUAUUGUAACAGACUCCUAAAGAAGCAGUUCUUCCACCGGGCUCUCAAAGUGAUGAAGAAAAAAAACGAGAAAGACGCCAAGAAGGAGAAGGAGAAGGAGAAGACCAAGGCCGACAGUGGCAAAGAGGAGGAGAAAAAAGGGAAGAAGGACAAAGAAAAGAAGAAGGAGCCGGAGGCCGCUGAAACCAAGAAAGAGAAAAGUGACGACAGCCCUGGAACCCCCAAGAAGAAGAAGAAGGAGGUGAAGAAGAAGUUUAAACUGGAGCUUCAUGAGGAGCACGAGCAGCUGUUUCUGGACGGAAACGAGGUGUUUGUGUGGAUUUACGAUCCCGUUCAUUUCAAGACGUUCGCCAUGGGACUGAUACUCGUCAUUGCAGUGAUCGCAGCCACACUCUUCCCACUGUGGCCAGCAGAAAUGCGUGUAGGAGUUUACUAUCUGAGUGUUGCGGCCGGCUGCUUUGUGGCCAGUAUAUUGCUUCUUGCUGUCGCCCGUUGCAUCCUCUUCCUGAUCAUCUGGGUCGUGACCGGCGGGCGCCACCACUUCUGGUUCCUCCCCAACCUGACGGCAGACGUCGGUUUCAUCGACUCGUUCCGGCCGCUCUACACCCACGACUACAAAGGGCCGCGAGGCGGCAACAAGAAGGGCUCCGACAAGACGGACGAGAAGGACAACGACGGCAACAAGGCUCAGAAGUCCGACAGCGAGGAAAAGUCCGACAGCGAGAAGAAGGACGGCGAAGAGGAGGAGGAGGAGGAAGAGGAGGAGGAGGAGGAGCAGCAGCAGCGAAAAGAGGCCGGGAAGACUAAAGAAGCAGAGGGGGAGGCGACGGGCCGCCACUCAGACACAGACAGCGACCGCCGGGAGGACGAAGGCUCGCAGCACAGCAACGGAAACGACUUUGAGAUGAUCACCAGGGAGGAGCUAGAGCAGCACACGGAGGAGGAGGAGGAGGAAGAAGAAGAAGAAGAAGGGGACGAGGAGGAGGAGGAGGAGGAGGAGUCGCAGUCGCAGGAGAGGAAAAAAGGGGGUGAGAGUGAGACUAAACCCCAGACUGCUGAAACAUAAACUUCUUCUACAAUCCCGUCUCUCUCUCUCUUUCUCUCUCUUUCUCUCUCAUUCUCUCCUUUCGUCCUUCCUGUGAUUCCAGGACCUUCUUGGUCCGAGGCCGCUUCUCCUCUUCUUGAGAUCUUCCGAUAGAAAGUACCGGUAGACUGGCUCUGACUCCUCCCACUCAAAUGUUAUUCAUGUUCAAAUGAAAACUGCAACCGAAAUGUUCGGCCAAGGACGUUGUCAACCGAAACGCAUCAGACAACCGUCUCUUUAUCCCCUUUCCUCCUUUUCUCAUGUCAACAUCUCUUAUUUAUGUUGCCUCUCUGUUUACAUAUUACAUUUGGAUGUGAUGUCAAAGCCAGAUCGUAACCACGAAUGGAGGAGAAAAGCGACCCCCGACCCCCGUCCAUACUAUUCUCCCGUUGCCAUCUCAGAGCUCCAUGUUGUUGGUACAUUCAGGUUAACCAGAAACCUUUUAUUGGUGUUUUGGCGAGACAACAUGGCAGGAUGUGCGCUUAGCGGCGCAACAGAGAGCCGAUGGACCAAAUCCUGUUGUUUACUCCAGUGAAGCUACAGGUGAGCGGCUGUGGAAGCGGAGCAGCACGACUCCUCCGGGUACUCGCCGUUUUCAGUAGGAAAUGAUUUUUCUUCUUUUCAAAUGGCUUCUGAUUUUACUCUGACGUAGUUCAUGUUCACGACGCGGGACUCAUCUAGAAGAGUAAAUGUUCACAACGGGGACACAGCUGGUAUACUUCAUUUUCUUUUUUAAAAAAAGGUUGCAGCAUUUGUUAGGUAGAAGAUAUCGAGUUCACUGACUAUUUGCAAACAGAACCAGAUCUAAAGUCAAAUCUAGUGCCAAACACGCUUAGUGUGAAAGGGGGGGGUAAGCUUUUGUUGAUUCGUUCAUAUUGUAAACGCAGUGUCAAACUCCUCGAACCUUUCGCAUCAUUGAAAAAAUAAAGAUUAAAGAAAAAAAGCACAGCAACAGGUUGUUCGUGUGUAGCUAAAUAAAUAUUUUGGUCUCAAUGAAACCGCUUAAAGGUGUUCGCACUCGACUCCCAACCAAACCAGUUCCGUCGAGUUGUUAGUGGAAGUGGUGUCAUUGAAAGCAGAGACUCCCGGCUGUGGUGCAAACUGCUCCUUCACGUUAUUUUCCGGCAGGAAAUGUCUUGAAUGCCCUUUUAUCAGUCCUCGCAAUGAUUAUAUUUAUGUAUAGAAAUAGAAAUCUAUCAUUUCUAUGUGGAUUCUAUUGCUUUUGAAUUAUAUAUGGAUUAUAUCGCUAAAUUAUGCAUAUAUACCACAUGUAUACUGUAAUAAUUGUGUGUGUGUAUAUAUAUAUAAAUAUACAAUUAUUACAGUCUAAGAAAAGCUUAUUUGUAUUAGGUUUCCUUAUUACGCAGAUUUGUUAAAUGCAUUUUGGUUUUAUAUGAUCAUAAAGAGCAAACAUGUCAAUUUACAGUGGGAACUUCGCUUAACACAAUUGUUUUUGUUUUUUUGUUUUUAGCAUUGAACGUGUGAUCUGGUUGGUUUGUGGCCACAUCUGUAUUUCUCUCACCAACAAACGGUAAAAGAAGUAACCCCGUAGCUGGAGUCACCCGGCGGGGCAAAAACUCUCCUCACGGUGAAACCACAUCUUCAUCUAUUCCGCUCAGCUUUCUGUACCGUCGUUUGUUUUCCCUGGGAAUGGACUCACCUGGCCUGUUUCUAGUAGUUUGUUGCGGCUCCUGUAAUCCCACUGAGGUUUGUAGCUCUUUGACUUUCUUCCAUGUUUUUUUUUUUUUUUUUUUUUAAACAUCUUCCACAAACGGGCAACGUGCUUCUCGGUGUCCUGAGGUUGCUGUGCGCUCAAUCUUGGCAUAAUGGAAAAAGAGGAAGUGAUUUCCCCAAUUGUUCUAGGCUGUUGCAGUGUCGGUCUUCUGUAUAUUGUAUUAUUACUCUGUACGCUGCUGCUUGUCACACUUCUGGGGCGAAUACAAAUUGCAAAACAUCAAUGUUUAAACUCCGGUCAAUAAGUCUAUUGAUCUAGACGUCCACAUUUGGAUCCACAUCCUUCUGAAAUACUGGCUCAUGCAAUAUUGGAGAGAUAUUUAAUAGAACUGGAUGUCUGGAUAUAUCUGUAUCUUAUCAUUGCAAUAAAAAUAUAGAAAGCACA